GUCAUAAUAAAGGUUGACAGUUGACAGUUCUUUGUUGACAAACGGUAGAAAAAUGUAAAUUAUUUGUGUGUAGCUUAAAAUACAAAGUAUAAAACAUGAAGGCAACAAUAUUUAUUUAUUUUUUAUUUAAUUUAUGCAUCAUUUUGUGCGUAGAAUGUUCGGCACGAUAUAAAACUUUGUAUAUUGAAAAUGACGAUUUGUGUUCUCUGGUGACAAAAAGAAAAAUAAAACUUGGUAAAGAAUAUAAAUCUGCACUACGAGUAUCACAGAAAAGGCUAAAUUUUCACCCCCUGGAAUGGGAUAAGAAUAUGUUAUGCCGAUUCCAAGUGCAAAGUGCCUAUGGAAAAGGUGGUAUUUUGGCUGUGAUACAAAGUCUUAAUUUCCGCAAAGACGAUUUUGAAAAUUGCAUUGAUUAUGUGCAAUUUACUGGUAAAAAUGGAUUAUCCAGCAAAAGAUACUGUGGAAAUAUCACAGCCAGUAUUGUUAUGAACCAAAACACCAUCGACAAUAUUCCUGAAAUUAUUUACGAGAAUUCUUUUAUUGAUUUAAACGAAAUGGAUGUUAAGAUCUACGUGGAUAGACGGCCAAUUGAUUAUAAUAUUAAAAUGGAGGUUGAUAUAGUUUUCACAUCAUACUUACUAGGCAGUUGCAAGGAGGAGCAUGUAGACUUAAAACCAUGCCGGGAGGAUUUGGACAGUUUUUGUAUUUAUAAGUAUUUUUUUGAUGAUGGGGCAGUUAAUUGUCCAUUUACUGGGUGUCUGGAUGAAAAGGGGUGCAAGAAUCAGAUUGACUCUAAAAAAACCAACGUUGUUGUGACCCCACAGUCCGUUGGAAAUAAGGUUCUAAUAGGAUCCAUAUCUUCGCUUUUCAUUAUGUUUGCCUUAUUUAUUUUGUGCGUAUGGGUGUGUAGAAAACAUAAAAUAUUCUGUUGGGCCGACGAUUUCGCGCAUCCUUCGCCGACUGAUGAAUCAAACAGAAAUUCUCGGGUCAUAGAAAUGAACGAACAAACAGGGUCACGUUUGGCGAAUGACCAUCCCCCAAGUGUCCCAACAGCGCCAUCUAUUGAGGAAGAUAAAGAUCUCCCGCCUUCUUAUGAUAGUUUAUUUCCUGAGGCUUCCACAAACAGGUAGUAGAUAAGUAUUUAAUUUAAAAUUAUAUAUUUUUUUACGCGAAAACGUUGUCUUAAAGUUGAUGAAAAUACUAAGAUAUUUGAUUUUAAGACAACUUUAUUUAAGAAAUUGCACAUAAAUACUUUCGAUAGAAUUUUACAAUUUUUAUUUUUUUAACACAUUUUUGAGAUUUUUUUACAUAAUUUUAAAACACUAUUCCAAUAGGUAUAGCUAUUGUAUAUGUAUUGAAAAAAAAGUAUAAAUAACAGUAUUGGGUUUUGACUUAUUUUUUUAAUUUUUUUCUAAUUCUAAUUAAUAUUUAACUAAAAAAAAACGUUUACUAUACAGGGUAAAGAAAAUACGUUGUUUUAUUAUUUUAAUUGACAUUCUUUUUGUCCUUUAUCUUGUAUAUUUAUACAGGGUUUCCUGAAAAUAAGAUAAAAGAGGGGGUCAAAAAAACAAGGAAUUAUAAGACAUAUUUAUUAAAAAAAACAUUUGAUAUACAGGGUGAUACACGUAACUUAUUUAUUAGAAGUUUAUGGAGAAUAGCAAUGUAAACUAUUUUUAAAAAUUAUUUUAAACUUUGGUUUUUCAAAUAGCAUUUUUAAAUUCUACUAAAAUUUGAUUAUUUUUUUAUUUUUAACAGUUUUUGAGGUAUUUUAUUUUUUCAAAAACUUUGACAGAUUUAUGGUCUUACUAUAUCUGUAUUACCACUAAUAGUAAUGUUCAAAAUAUAAUCUCUUAACUAAGGAGCACUUUAUUGAAAUCCAAUAUUAGUAUUUGAAAGUUUUAUACAGGGUGUCUGGUAUUUACGUUGACUUUUUUGUCACUUUAAUUCCGUAAACACGGGGACUUUGCACCCCGCGGGUGACUUUAGCCCUUUUAUGAAAAAAAAUUUCGCGCUCGAUAAAAUUAACAUUUAUAAUUUGUUGGUCUAAACCUGUCAAUUGAGCGAUUCUAUUGAGUUUAUAUUACAGGAAAAUCAGUGUUUUAAAAAAAUAAAUGGGAUUUAUUACCCUUUAAAGUUGUAUAUAUUGCAUUAGUGCAAAACUCUUAAAAAUACACGCGUUUCAAUUUCUAUAUUAUGCGCAAUUCUUUGGAAUGAUGAUCCUUGGUUAACUACAGGUCGAUUUUUUAUUGUUUU